UUAUUCAGUCAGUGAGCUCAAAAUCAUGAGGUGAUACAGUCGUGUUUUUAAUUGCUGCAUCUAGGUCAUUAUCACUGAAUGUGUUUUAGAGUCAGUGACUUUGAGAUAAUGGACGUUAUUUAAUUAUUUAUCUACAGUUUGUGGCGUCUUGUUUAUUAAAUAACAGUUUAAUAUUUCUUUGUUAAUAAUAAUUGUUUUUUAAAAUGAACGUGUUAUUUUCAUCCUUAUGGGUGAUAUUCUUGGUAAAUGACUCGUUAUCAUCCUGUAUAUGGAACGUGAACAAAGACCUGCCUGAAAAGGAUGCGCUAUUUAUCAAGAAAUUUGGCAGAAAGUACAAGCUGUACUAUCCCAAUUCCACUAACAUAGAACUGCAGUACCGUGAGGGCCUGAUCGCGUCGUGUCCCGGAUCCAAGAACUAUGUCAGUGGCUUCAGUGAUAAUGCAUCUUUUGUAAAGUUGUCCUGUGUAUCCGGCACUACAGUCAAAGUCGACAAGCAAUUUCAGAAGGAUAUUAAAGAUGUUUCGUGCACCAAAAACGCGGUAGCUGAUGUAGUCAACACAAACAACGUUGAUACUUCACCCGCGUCUAGAAUAUUGAGUGUCGGAUUUGAAACCGAGUUUGGGUGGCUGGAAUUGUACAAAGUUUCCUAUGAUUUCAACACCGUCACUCCGUUGUACUCUCAACACGUCAUCCACGGAAGCAGUUUGAAAGGAGCCUACACAGGGAACGCGAGCCGGCCAGGGUUCAGGACGAAUGCGGUGCCAUCCAACGUGUCAUGGUCGAAAAUCUUCACGAAAAACCACCAAAGGCAGGUCUUCGCUGGCAUACUCGGCGAAGCAAAAGCCGAUACUUACCUCAGCUCUACGUAUCUGUCGAGAGGUCACCUGGCACCAGACGCAGACUUCCACUAUAGAUCUUGGGAGAUAGCCUCGUAUUUCUACGCCAAUGUAGUGCCUCAAUGGCAGAGCAUAAACCAAGGCAAUUGGCUGAGGGUAGAAAACGCUGUUCGCCACAAAGCGAAGGAGCUGCAAGCAGAUCUGUUCGUUAUUACUGGAGCAGAAGGUGUCUCUUCCCUCGAAGGCAAUGAGUUGUACUUGGACGGAUCAAAUGUACCUGUACCAAAGUACAUGUUUAAAAUUGUCUGUACCAAAAGCGCGGAUUGCAUCUCGUUUGUCGUGAUCAAUAAUCCAUUUGAAAGUGAUCCGGUGGAUGUUUGUAGGAACGUGUGUAGCCGACAGAGAGAUACGUCUGGGUGGUAUUUGAGUUCGUAUGAUGAUGCGCAGAAGGGUCGGGUUAUUUGUUGUGAUGUUGGGGAGUUGAAGAAUGCCCCCGGGUUUAAGGAUAUCCUGCCAGAAAUCAGUGUAAACGGUAUAUUAAGAUAUUAAAGUGGUAUUAAACUGGA